AUGCAAGGAGAAAACCUCACCAUCUGGAGCCUUUUUUUCCUGGAGGGUUUUUCGAGAUACCCAGAGUUAGAGAUCGUUCUCUUUGUCUUCAGCCUUGUAAUGUAUCUGAUAACCCUCCUGGGCAACAGCACUCUUAUUUUAAUCACUGUCCUAGAUUCAUGCCUUCAAAGCCCCAUGUACUUGUUCCUGGGGAAUCUCUCUUUCAUGGAUAUUUGUUACACAUCUGCUUCUAUUCCCACUUUGCUGGUGAACCUGCUGUCAUGCCAGAAAACCAUUAUCUUUUCUGGGUGUGCUGUACAGAUGUAUGUGUCCCUUGCCAUGGGCUCCACGGAGUGUGUGCUCCUGGCUGUCAUGGCGUAUGACCGUUAUGUCGCCAUUUGCAACCCGCUGAGAUACCCCAUCGUCAUGAACAGGCAGGUCUGUGUGCAGUUGGCCACUGUCUCCUGGGUGACCGGCUGUCUGACCGCCCUGUUGGAAACCAGUUUCGCCCUGCAGAUACCGUUUUGUGGGAAUCUCAUCGAUCACUUCACAUGGGAAAUUCUGGCCGUGCUGAAGUUAGCUUGCACAAGUUCACUGCUCAUGGACAUGGUCAUGCUGGUGGUCAGCGUGCUCCUCCUGCCCAUUCCACUGCUGUUAAUAUGCAUCUCCUAUGUCUUAAUCCUUUCUACUGUUCUGAGAAUCAGCUCAGCAGAGGGAAGAAACAAGGCUUUUUCUACCUGUGGUGCCCACUUGACCGUAGUGAUCUUGUAUUAUGGGGCUGCCCUCUCCAUGUACUUAAAACCUUCUUCAGCAAGCUCACAAGAAAUAGAUAAAGUCAUCUCAUUGCUUUAUGGAGUCCUUACCCCUAUGUUGAACCCCAUAAUUUACAGUUUAAGAAACAAGGAAGUCAAAGAUGCUAUGAAAAGACUACUGGGCAGAAUAACAUUGCAUCAGACGUGUGAAAAUCUCUGA